AGACGUCAUUUCCGGUCUACUUCCUGUUUGUUUCCUGCCGCUUGUAUCGAUACUGUACUAACAAAAUUAAUGAAGGGAAGAUAUACCAGUGAGUCACUGGGCGUUCCUGACGUUUCGGAAACAGUGGACGAGGGUUCCCACAAAAAUGGGAUGUCUAAAAUUAUUCUUAUAGGCACCAAGAGGUGGCCUGUUAGAAUGGUGCAUCGUUUGCCAAAAAACAAUCAUCCAUACUAAAGAAGACUAAAGAGGAACCUUUGAGUUUAGCACUACUGUUCCUAGUGAGCCAGCAGACGCAUGUCGCGGAUCAGGACCACACUUGACAGUGUCACAAAGGCAGUAGGGAGCACUGACCUCAUCUCCAAGUUUUCCCGCUUCAAGCCUGGAAGUGCCACAGUCGAGAGCGCCCAUGUAGAAAAAGUUGUAGUUAAAGCUGACACCUUGACCUCUAAUAACUCGACUACUGAUUCACCAAAUGAAACCACCAUGAAAGAAGAAGAAGAAGAAGAGGGUGAGAAGAAUGCAGAAGAGCUGGAAAAGCAAAGGCAGAAAGUUUCAGAAAAGCCUUUUGUUGCCAGCAAGAAGCCCACUUCUAGUUUAGGCUCAGCAGUAAGUGCACCUGUGCCAAGUUCUUCCACAACUGUGGCGAAACAAACCAUGCAACUCUUUCACCCAGCAAGCCUUUCAACCAACAUGGACGAGACCUACAAAACUCUGGCUCAGCACAUAAAUAGCUACUUUGGGACCAGCACCCAAGGGGAAGAUUUGGACAACAGGUCGCAGCAGCACAAAGGAGAGCGUGAUCCUGCUUCUGAGCAUGUUAUUCACUCUACACCUCAGACAACUGGGAAACACAUUCCUAUUAUAGCUCCAGUAGCAGAAGCUAAAAGUAUUGAAACCCCCACUACCUCUCCUCUUCCUCCCCCUCCGUUAGAAAAUCUGAGUCAGCCUCCUAACACCCCUGCAAAAGAAAGUGCAGCUCAACCUGUCCCUGUGCCUACCACAUCUCCUAAAAAAGGUUUCACUCACUAUCUGUCUUAUCCUCGGCCCAGUGUUCAGGCAUUUGUUGGAAGUUACAUUGCACCCCUGGUACCUAAAUUUCGAGGUGAUUCCAAAGGUAUUACUGCUGAGAAAUCUCCAACAACGGAAGAAUCUACUGUGGAGAAGACAGAAGAGAAAGCAGUAACUGAGGAAGAGAAGGCUAAACAACACCUGCUGAUUCAAAGGGAGAAGAUAAUAGCCAGAGUGAGUGUUGACAACAGAACCAGAGCCCUGGUGAAAGGCCUGCAUAGGGUCACUGAUGUCAAACUCCUCACCAGCCGAGUAGAAGAGCUCAGCGUUCAUCUCCUGGAAUUUCCGGAAACCCGAGGUGUAGCCAUCAAGGAAAGUGUGCUGCCCUGCCUGCUGCGGCUGCGUCAGGCCAGAGACCUUCCUCUUCAAGCUGCUGUGAGAGAAGCUCUAGCUGUUGUUGGCUAUACGGACCCUGUUAAAGGCAGGGGAAUUCGGGUCCUGGCUAUAGAUGGAGGGGGAACAAGAGGACUGCUUGCUCUGCAGACUCUUCAUAAACUGCAGAAUUUGACUGGCAAACCGGUCCAUCAGCUCUUUGACUACAUCUGUGGAGUCAGCACAGGUGCCAUCCUGGCUUUCAUGCUGGGGAUUUUUCAAAUCCCUCUUGACGAGUGUGAGGAGAUGUACAGGAAGUUGGGCUCAGAUGUUUUCAAACAGAAUGUAAUCGUUGGAACCGUUAAGAUGGGCUGGAGCCAUGCUUUCUAUGACAGCGAAAUAUGGGAAAACAUCCUCAAGGAACGAAUGGGUGAUGGGAGCAUGAUUGAGAGUGCCAGGGAUCCACACUGCCCUAAAGUGUCAGCAGUGAGCACUAUUGUGAACAGGGGUUUGCCACUGAAGGCCUAUGUGUUCAGGAACUACAGACUCAUGCCAGGAGUGAGAUCCCACUACCUUGGAGACUGCAAACACAAAAUGUGGCAGGCUAUCAGGGCCUCAUCUGCCGCUCCAGGAUACUUCCAGGAAUUUGUCCUGGGAAAAGAUCUCCAUCAGGAUGGAGGACUUCUAAUUAACAACCCCACAGCACUUGCUAUCCAUGAGUGUAAAUGUCUGUGGCCAAACACACCACUGCAGUGUGUGUUGUCCCUGGGUACUGGACGGUAUGAGACGGGAGGAAAGAACAGCGCUACCUACACGAGUCUAAAGACGAAGCUUACCCACGUCAUCAGCAGUGCCACGGAUACUGAAGAGGUGCACACCAUGCUGGACGCCCUCCUCCCACCUGACACCUAUUUCCGCUUCAACCCCUACAUGAGCGAGGACAUCUCUUUGAACGAGAACCGUGUAGAGAAGCUUAACUUCCUCAAGAGCGAGGCUGAACACUACCUGGAGCGCAAUGAAGCCAAGCUCAGGAAUGCAGCUCGGGUGCUGGGACAAGAGAAGAGCACGAUCCAGAGACUGGCCGAGUGGGCAAAGCUCAAGGCCGACAUGUACGAGGGCCUCCCGUUCAUUUCAAAGCUGUAGCUGAUGGAGUUGCAACAGUUUACCUCAAAAGUGUUUUUAAGGUAAGUGAGUGAAAAAUAAAGGAUCUAUACAUCCACUCAGUCGAGGGAGACUCAUGGGUGACGAGUAUUACCUGGUGAUUUGAAAUAAAUGUGGAGAUUGUUUCUGAUCUUAAUCCCAUGUGAAUCUGCUGAAUUGAAUCUACAAAUUUUCUCACAUAUUUUGGCAAACACAGAAUAUGAUGAACUGACGUCUUUGAUUUGGUGUGAUUUGCAACAUUUUUGUUUUUGUUGUGCAUUUAUUCAAUUUCCUUCCUGGCCCAGGACUAUGAAGGCUGUGCUGAAGAUGAUAAGCUAAAGUUUUGAAAGAAAGGAAAUCCAGGAGGCUCAAGUCGCACUAUAGCAUGAACAUUCACUGAAAGAAAACUUCUAUCGUUCCAAAAAAUGACAUCUCAUGGAUGAUAGAUGGAUGAUAUGCAUGACAGUGUACAGUUAGGAACAUUUUCUACGUUUUAGCAGUUACAUGUAAGUGGUGACCCUUGACAACAGAACCAGGGAAUCUAUGACGGUAAAUUUGAGGAAGAGACUCGGCCUAUCAUGUGUGAAUGCAGCAUUUGAAACACAGACAGGGUUAAAUUUCCAGUUCAGUGCAGGUCCCCAGGUUAUACUCAUCCAGUGCAAAAAAAGGCUUAAGUAACUAUGAAGUUACUGUGUUUACAUGAUUUAAUGUAUUUAACACUAAAAAGACCAAGAAAUUCACAGAUAUUAAUUAAAGAUACUGUAAGUAACAUAGAAUUAUGAACAUGAUGGAAUUUGGAAGUUGAGUCACGAUGUGCCAGAUGGAGACAGAGUAAUAUAAUUUAUGGAGAAAAAAAAUGAUAAUAGUGAUAUCUUUUUUUGAGUGAUUAAGUGUGUGCAGAAAAAUUUAUGGAGUUAUGAAUAUGAAGCUUGAGUAAUGAUCUCAUGGACUGGUUGCUUGUUGUGGCACCAUAAUAUGAUGCUAAUUGAAUGCCAAUGUGGGAACUGUGUUUAUUUUCAAAAGAAAUUAGUCUGAUGGUCAAUUUACAUCUCAUUUCAAUAACUUGAGUACAUCAAGAUAUAAUUUAUAAGUGAUUGCACAGUGAGAACACGACUGCCUAUUUGUAAUACUGUAUAAAAAAAAGAGAACUCAUGCACUUUUUAAAAAUAUGGUCUUUACCUGUGCGUUAACAAAUAUGUACAUAAUUUAAAGUAAUGAUUUGAGUGCUCUUAACAAUAUGUAAGAAUACAAUUUUAAAAACCAUGGUACAAAGCAUGUUCUACCCUGUUCUGCUGAGAAAAACACCUUGUGCCCCAUUAGUAAGUGUUUUGCACUUAACCCUGCUUGAGGCUGAAGUCUUAAACAUAGCUGUUAAAAGGGUAGUUGUUAUAAAGCACACUUUUUACACUGAUAGUAUGAAUUUUCCCUGAUUCCUUCUUUCUUUAUUGUGUGACGGAAUGCAAAAGUGAAGAAAUGUCAAGAAAUAAACAUGAUUUAAAAUCA